AUGGCUGCUGAGCUCGGUGCUCUGGAACAGAACAACAACUGGAACAUUGUUUCUUUACCUACCAGCAAACACUCUAUUGGUUGUAAAUGGGUGUUCCGUGUUAAGCUUCAUUCUGAUGGCUUCCUUGAAAGGUACAAAGCUCGCUUAGUUGCUCAAGGUUAUACACAGCAGGAGGGCAAUGAUUUCAAAAAGACUUUCUCUCCAGUAGCCAAGAUAAUUAUUGUUUAUAUCUUGCUUUCUCUUGCUGCCAUCCAUGAUUGGCAUCUAGUUCAAUUAGAUAUCAAUAACACAUUUCUUCAUGGGGACUUGACUGAAAAGGUUUACAUACGUCUCCCUCCCGGAUACUCUCCAUAA